AUGCUACCAAAUUUAAGGAAUAUUGGGGGCUACAUGAAACGAUUUUAUCACACCAAGAUCCAUUUCCUGCAGCUCCACUAUCUGUAUAUCUUACUGCUCUCAUUUUUAGGUUCAACAUUUUUCUAUUUUCAGCCUGGUACGACAUUCGCCUACAUCGACGCACUGUUCAUGUCAACCAGCGCAGUGACAAACACAGGUCUCAACACCAUCAACAUGUCCUUCUUGUCCACAUGGCAGACGCUGGUUAUUUACUUUGGCUCCUUUUUUGGAUCGCACGUUAUGAUUUCCAUCAUCAUUGUCUAUGUGCGACGCCAUUACUUUUCAAAGCGAUUCGAGGACAUUUUGAUCUUCAACAAGGCCCAACGCUUGAGAGAGGCCAAUCGCAGAAGGUUUGAAAAGAACAUUAGCGAAAUGGAGAAGCAGCGCAGAAAGAGCACAGGCGAAAGCGUCAAAGGAAGCAAGCCAUUGCGGCGCAGAUUGUCAUUCAUCUCUGUGAGAUCAAGCACCAAAGACAACGACACACUGCCUCAGCCUGUAACAACCACAAGAAAGAAGAGCCGUUUCAGUGCACCACGGCCGCUGUCAACAGGUCUCAGCCAUUUCGACCUCAUGGCUCACUUCAAAAAGAAGCACAGUCAAAGCAUUGGCACUGAUCAGCCUAUGCAGAAUUUGAAUGAUAGUGCCUCUGAAACACAUAGCGAGAGCGAUGCCUAUCCAGUCGUUCAUCCUCGCCAAGCGCAUGUAAAAAGCAUCUCUCAUGACAUGGAUAUGACAGACGAGGACGAUAUCAGCAUGUCUACCUUGCAGAACAAUAGCAGCCAUAGCGAGGAAGACACACUGCCAGCCCGGCCCAGUUCCGAUGCAUAUACCCAUACCCAUCCUCUUGGUAAUACAACCACCAAUCCUUCUAUUUCAUCGUCAAGCCAUCGUCCCAACCUUGCUUCCUCCAAUUACAAUACCAACCACAGCAUACUCUUUGCUGAUGAUAGCCGGCCUCAUCACCCAACAGAUACAGCAAUUGAUGACGAUGAUGAACAUAAUAACGUAGUUUCUGGAAAUCAAGGGAUUGCGUUUGCGGAGAAUAUAGAACGCCAGAGAGAGAUUGCUCGUAGAAGACUAGAGCAAGAUCGACGAUUCGAAGACAUCUUGCAACGCAUUGCCGGCGAGACAGCUGAUUCUACUUCGGUCCAUAACAUCAGUUCAGCAGCAACAGCAAAUACAGAUCAAGGCAUCAUGAUGAAUAUUGAAACCGAGGACGAGGAAAUGAAACGCAUCAUGAGAGAGCCCAUCCACAAGAGUGAGCUGACGAGACAACAGCGAUAUCGAUUAGGUGGUGCUGAAUACCGAGCCAUUGAUUUCCUGACUAUACUGGUGCCCAUAUACUAUCUAUUUUGCGUUCUAGGCUUUGGCUUCUUCCUUCGUAUUUACGUUGCAGCAUCGACCUAUGCUCAAGGCGUAUUGCAAACUACCAACGCAGCUGGUUCAAUUGAUCCAUGGUUCUUUUCCUUCUUUUCGAGCUUAUCGUCAUUCAACAAUCUUGGAUUGUCGCUGGUGGAUGCAAGCAUGACUCCCUUUCAAUCAGCACCUUGUAUGCUUAUUCUUAAUAUGAUUCUUAUUCUGGCUGGAAACACGGCAUAUGCAAUUGUUUUAAGAUCAAUUAUUUGGAUAUUAUAUAGAAUUACACCAAAGACGUACAUUAUGCGUAGAGAGACAUUCCGCUAUUUACUGGAUCACCCGCGUAGAUGCUAUACUACACUGUUCCCAGCUACUCAAACGAAAUGGCUAUUGAUUGUGCUGAUUGGCAUUACAGCUGUCGAAUUUAUCUCAUUUGUUGCUCUCAACUACUGGCUGCCCGUAUUGAGUCACCUCGAUUGGGGAGCUCGCAUCUUGGACGGAUUAUUUCAAUCUGUGGCUACAAGAAAUGCUGGCUACAGUGUGGUUGAUUUGAUGGCAUUAAACCCGGGAACUCAGAUCGUGUUUAUAAUUGCCAUGUAUAUUAGUGCUUACCCUGUUGCAAUCUCAAUGAGAAACAGUAAUGUCUAUCAGGAACGAGCGCUGGGCAUCUACAGCGGACAAGAUAAUGAUGAUAGCGAAUACGAGGAUUCAAAUGCACCCAACUUUAUUCAUCGCUUAAAGAGGCAGCCUACCAUAAGCAGCAUUGUAACAACCUCCCGAAAAGUGCUUCGAAAGCCUGAUUUCUUUGUCAUGACUCAAAUUCAGCGCCAACUCACCAGCGAGAUUUGUUGGGUCAUUUGCUGUAUCUUUGCAAUCUGUGUUAUCGAGUCAGAGGCCAUUCUUUCACCUUCGCCCAUUACCAUGGCAACUGUAAUCUACGAAUGCGUUUCUGCUUUCGGUAAUGUGGGUGCAUCCACUGGCUAUCCAAACACAUCUGCUUCUCAAGCCCAGCAGUAUCACACGCUGAGUAAAGUGGUGCUGAUUAUACUGAUGUAUCGUGGCCGCCAUAGGGGUUUGCCUGCUGCUAUUGAUAGAGCUGUGUUACUUCCGUCCGAACAAUUGGAACAAAAGGAACAGGAAGACCAUUUGCUUCGACGCAGAAACACAUCCAUCUCUGUGGGCGAUGGCAAUGGCGACCCGGUCAUGUUCUACAAUAGAUCUAGAACUCUAUAG